AUCUCUAUCAAAUAAAUUGUAAGAGUAACGUAUUUCUUUUGUACGUGGAUGAGGUUGGCGACUGUAUCAUCAUGUAAUGAUAGAUACAAUACAGUAUAGUAAUGUCAGCAAUUGUUUAUCUAACAUGAUGUCGUACUAUUACAACAGAUUGAGACUCUGGACAUCCCCUCUGAGGAUCUCCGUGAACGUCCCAAUGCAUCGCGUAAACUCGCUCAGUUCAUCUGUAAGAUGCCUCAUCUGAAGAACCUGACACUCAAUAGGGGGUACGAGGUCUUUCUUCACGAUGACUUCUACUCAACAUUAUCGUCGAUGGCAUCAUCAGCAAAGAUUGAGACUCUGAACAUCCGCUCUAAUAAUCUCGAAAAUCGUCCCAGUGCAUCAAGCAAUCUCGCUCAGUUCAUCUGUAAGAUGCCUCAUCUGAUGAACCUGACAGUAGGUGUUUUCUGUCACGAAGACUUCUACUCAACAUCAUCGGCGAUGGCAUCAACUGCAAAGAUUGAGACUCUUAACAUCAAGUCUCAGGAUCUCAGUGAACGUCCCUCUGCAUCGCGUGAUCUCGCUCUGUUCAUAUGUAAGAUGUCUCAUCUGAAGAACCUGACACUCCGCGGUCAGUAUCACAAUGACUUCUACUCAACAUCAUCAUCGAUGGCAGCAUCCGCUAAGAGUGGUAACACGAGCCCCACCUUGACUGAGCUGACAGUAGAGGAUAAGACACUACGAGGAUGGCAGGAUUGUGGUUCGAUGUUCGACAAUGUGAAGAGGGUCGCUAUAGAGGUAUGGGACACAAUCAACUGUGACGUCAUCCAGAGGAUCCAUCUACCAGGAGCAACAGAACUUACCAUUAAAACACAUGUGUAUGCAUCUCGACCGACUGGUUUCCAUAAGGAGCCUACUUCACUCCCCAAAGCCCUUCUGAAUAUCUCCCCUCAGCUUGUCAAGGUGACAUUCAGCGAUCUUGACAUUGGCAACAGUAAGAUGGAGCUAAUCUUACAAGCUUUCAGAUCACCUCACAACCUCAAACACCUGAAGACUAUCAGAUUCGUGAGAUGCGGGACAGAUUUAAGCGUGAAUGAUGUCAACACUGCAUGCAAUGAAGACCACGACAUGGAGGUGGAGGUGGAGCAUGGCAAACGAUGUGUGUAA